ACAUGACACGAGACUCGGGACUUUGCUCGGGACCGACGGGACGUUUGUUGACGUAAAACUGCCUCCGUAUUUCUUCCGCGAUAUCCAUAUUUUUCUCAGGAAAUCGUGUUAGAAGUAGUAGAAUGCAUCUAUGAGUUUAACAGUAAACGGGUAAUAUCUAGAUGUGUGAGGUAUUACAUUCGCAGGGAGACGUGUCAAUAAUUUGUAGCAUAAAUGCGAAGCCGCCAAAUUUCGAUCACGCAGUCAAAGUACAACCCACAAUAAACGCUACAAUGCUUUCGAAAUCUUGUUCAGAAACGGAGUAUCUCUCGGUUGAAGUUCGUUAUCCAAGAACGUACAAGCAUCUUAACAAAGGGAAAUACACAGAUUAUGAAGUAUAUAUCGAGACAAAUAAAAUUGCUUUUUCACGAAGAACUUCGACCGUGAGAAGACGAUUCUCUGAGUUUUUGUGGUUAAGAAAGCAACUGGGUAGCGUCGAAGUGAACGGUUUAGGAAAAGGAAAUGUUCCGGAGUUACCACCAAAGAAAAUGAUUGGAAGAUUUCAUCCUUCGUUUCUGAGCCUGCGGCAGCAAGGACUACAGGAUUUUCUUGAAAGUGUCCUUGACAUCAACAAAUUCCUAUCAUUCAGUGGGCUUCACUUGUUCCUACAAUCCCCCAUGACUGUCGAGGAAAUUGAAGCUUUCCUGGAAGGGAAAUAUCCGGAAAAAACAGUCGAAGACAUGAUGGAGGAUUUCGGUUGUGCAACUAACACGGACAACCCAUUUAGUGUAUUUUUAAGAAGCAACAAAUCAGACAUUAUAAUUAACAACAGAGCAGGAAGAUCUGUAUCAUAUGACAGAAUACCAAGUACUGUAUCACAAGAUGACAAAAUUUUAAGUCGAUCAUCUAUGGAGUCGUCAGAUAUCUCCUCAGGCAGUUACACUGGCAUGUUUUAUUGAAAAUUGUACAAAGUUUUAUAUAAGUAUAUUGUACUGUAUAGCGAUAAUAUAGACAAACAAUGCCAUAAGUGGAGCUGUAGAGGCAUUUAGGACUACCAAAUGGCAAAAUAACCUUCAUGACAGUAUAAAGACAACACAGAAUGUCAUUUACUUUCUUUCUGCAGCAAGUCAGAUAGUUUCAAGAAACUUUAGGAAAUGCUUUUUCAAUCCUGUUAAUGCAAAUUCUGCAUUUUGAUGACAAGGGGCUUGUUGUAUAGAACCUGUUAACUUGUUCUAGUCAACGGUUUGAUGGUUAAAUAUUGCAAAAGUGUUCAUCAGCCUUCGCUAUACAACAUACCCCACAUGCAGUGUGGAGAAAGUUCACACUUUGCAAAAUAUAAAUCACAAAACAUAAAUUAUUAAUUAAUAACUUGCUAUUUAUAUUACACCUAUCAAUUUU